GUGGAAGUGAGCGCGACAUUCAGUGUAGAGCUUCCAGGAAGAGGAGCUUUGGUGUUUACUGUGGGCUGUCACUUUCGAGUCGGUUCAACAGUUGGUAUUACGGUAUUGUUGUUCGGAGUUAAGCAUAUACGCCCAGACAAUGGAUUUUUGAACGUUUGGAAGCCGUUCGUUUCUUGCGACGCAAUGAAACUUCUUGGGUUUGUGGAAGUGGUUAACCACCAACAUAAUAUACCGGUCAGCCGAUCCCGACACUCAACGUUGACUAUAUUCAAAGACAAAGAUGAGGCCGUAAUGUUAGUUCAGCAGCCAUCGAAUAAAAGAGGACAAAGAUACAAGAUUGCAGGUAAUAUUAUCAAGGUGUUCACCCAAUUUGUCUCUCAAGGGAAAGUAACAAUUAAAAUGAAGGAACCACCUCAUGAACUGAGAUUACAGAAUGAACCUGUGCAGUUGAUGAGUUUCUUGAAAUUUCUAAAGAAUUGCUCUGGACCAGCAGUAUCAACAUUGCCAGCUGUUCCAGACAACCCAAAAUUUACAAAAGGACCUCCAACAACAGUGGUCAUAAAUUCUAUGAAGGAUUAUGGAAAGCUUGACAAAUUGUCCCUUAAUACUGAGAGGUUACAGAUUUCCAAUAUUAACAUUUCAGAAUUACCACAUUCUGUUGCACGACUGAAGAAAUUAAAUCUUCUAGAAGUCAAUGAUACUAAUUUAUCAGCUGUUCCACCAUUCAUAAAGACUCUUCCGAAUUUAAUGGAAUUGGUUCUUCCAAACAAUAAUUUGCGUACUAAUGACCUGAAUGUCAUUAUUGAAAGCACCUCUCUAAAGACCAAUCUCAGACUACUGGAUCUGCGGCAUAAUAAGAUUGCAGUAUUACCUAAUGAAAUUCAUCGCCUUCAGGCACUUGUUACUCUCAGACUGGACCAUAAUGAACUCAAUACAAUUCCACAUACCAUAUCGAAUUUGAAGAAUUUGAGGUGCCUCUCUCUCAGUGACAACAUCAUCAUAUCAUAUCCAUAUUCAGUCCGUUUUUUGAGACAUGUAGCAUUUGAUGUAUCAAACAAUAAACAUGUUUUUCCGGGUCCCUUACCUCAUGACACGGAUUGGAGCCGAGCAAUUAGAAGUGAGAAGGAACUUUCUCUGGCACGCUAUACAGGAAUGCACAGCCUUAAGGAACUAGCAAGCAGAGUUCUGUUUGAUAAAAGGUUGGACUUUACAGAAUUUGGAUUGCCACUAGCGCUUCAGAGACACUUACAAUGUUUCAAAAUGUGCCACCUGUGUCAUAAAGCAUGUUUUGAUGAAUAUUUUAUUUUCUUUGAAUGUAUUCCUCUGAAAUUCUGUGUGGCAGCUUUAGUUUCAUCUGUGCCGGGUAUGACUGUACAUUAUUAUAUUUGUUCGCUCAAAUGUAUGUUGCUUGCAUAUCCAAAACUUAACAAGCAUUCUCAAGCAGGGCUGCGUUAUGUGAGUUACUCAAAGUAUUGUCAGUGUGAAAAGUAAGAAUCUAAAUAAUGAAGAUUAUAUAGUUCCUCUUAAAGCAUAAGGUGUCUCAUAUGCAUACAAUGCAGUUGAUCAUAGAACUGAUUGUCAAAUAUAAGUUGUCAACAAGAAACUUUCAAUUUUCUAAUAAAGUAAGCUUCCCUGUC